CAGCGCCUGGCGGGGUUAUCCGCGGGAUGGUGUAGCUCUUGGUGAACUGGUGCGUCAAGCUAGGGGCAAGAGAGAAUUGUUGUCACCCGAGGAGUCGGAUCAGACCGGCGAAGAGCCUCCAGGAGGGCCACGUAGCGAGAGAGAAACCAAGAGAGAGGUAGUAAACGAUCGAAGCGAGACCAAGGGAUACCCGUGCAGACUGAAUCAGACUGACAGAGCUUGCAGAGGGAAACAGGGGGGGGGAGGGGAGAGUCGAAAGGAGACAGGAGAUCGGAGCGAGAGAAGAGCGCGCAGGAGAGCCCUAGUGCGGUGAACAGAAAGAGAGAGAGAGAGAGAGAGAGGAGGGAAGCACCGGUGGAGGAGGCAUUAUAUACUGGCUGGAUCCUCAUUCGGCUGCCAGUUUCUCGCCUGAACGCGGCAACGACUAUACCCACGCACACGGUGUCCUCGGCAGCUAAGUAAUCGUGAUCUUUCGCACGGGGGAGGAUCGUUCCGCGGUUUCGCUACUGGAAGAGGAAGAGACAGAGUCAAGGACGAGCCUGAGGGUGGUUGCUGGAAGUCGGGAUAUAAUCGUCGUCUUCGAUUAUUUUGUGCUCCCGAUCCUCCGCCACGCAAACACAGGGGGCUGUUUCUGUGUAACGGGUGAAGAGGACAACGACGAGGAGGGUAUCGAAGUGCGUUGAGAAACGUCUACGAGGGAGAUUCGAGAGCUAUCGUCGGGGAAUAUGGCCACGUACGCGACAUACAGACACGUCGAGCUCGACAAUGUCGGAUACGGAAAGAAAAGGGUGUUGAAACCCCCUGGUGGUGGAAGCAGCGACAUUUUCGGAGCAGGUCCCGACGAGACGAGCCCCCGCCGCGUCAAGAACCACAACCAAUCACAGCUAGGCUCGGCGUUGUUCGGCGACGCUCCGAACAGCAACAACGGCAACGAAACGCCGCGCAACAAGCCCGGUAAUGAUUCAUACAAACGCCUGUUUGGCCCUCCCGAUGCCCCACCCACCACCCCAAACGCGAAAAAUCAUAUGCGCAGCAAUAUCUCCCUCAGCGGGGAGUCUUCGGCCUCGUCGGCGUCGUCGGGCGCCUCGACGUCGCCCGCGAAGAGCACCGCCAGCUCGGACUCGAUCGCGGGCGUUCUCAACGGAUACACGGCCAGCAAUGGCAACAACCUGACCAACGAUAUCACAGCUUUUAGGAGAAUCAAACGAUUUCGUGGAUCCUGCAUUUCGCGCAACCCGGUCACCGGAGACGGAGUUAUCGUGACGCCUAUGAGGCGCAGCGCACGAAGGUGUCGAGAUGGCAAUCCGGUGACUGGAGCCGGUUACACGGAAUCACAGAACAACGGGCCAGCCGUGCAAAACGGAACAUCCAGCUCGAACUCCAGCGUCGGCGAGAAAUCGAACGACUCGUCGCCAGCCGCGAAGGCCCCGGCCCGCGGACGAGUCCCACCUGGCGGAUACUCAUCAGGACUCUGGUAAAAGUCUGAAUCGGGAUUAACCGCUCGUCGGCAUCCUCCUUUCCGCGUCGUUCACCCUUCCAGUGUCCGAAAAUUCCAGACGAAUCAGUCCCCGAGCUAGGACCAGUCUAAUACGAAAAAGACUGACGACGACGUUCCUUCGAGCAAACCCACGAUUCACUCUUUCGUUCGAAAUUCAUUCUAAAGUUAUUUUCAUUUCUAUUGUUUGUCGUUUUAUGUUCGAGAUGUUGUUCUAGGGCGAUUCUGCAUCGAAGGAGCGAAUUUUCAGCCGAAAAGAAGACGGAUGUACUCCUGGGAAGCACGAAAAACGACUUUAGGGACGUGGAGUCUCCCGAUUGGUGGAUUGGCGUUAGUUUCCUUCCACCAACUGGAAGCCUGGCGUAGUCUUUCGCGCUCCUCGGUGUACUGUUUCCAAUAGAGCCGUUCAUUGUGAAAGUGGUGUCAAUCUACAGACAAAAAUGAUCUUAUGUCUUUUUAUUUACAUUACCUAAAGGCCUAAUAGGGUUACAAAAACCACAUGUACACUACAAUUACUUUAAAAAGCUCGAUCACCCCAAACGAAGAUGGACUUAUCCCACUUUCACAAGGAACAAUUCCUUUAAUUCCUAAAACAAAAUCAAAAGAGCAUUCGUUUUCUGCCACAAUAUGUUCAUAUAACAUAUUUCAUUCAUUUGACUGGAGAUUUGCUUUCUCAAGCAAAUUAUCAAGGAUCGCCCUCCAAUGUUCGCAAAUAGGUUCGUGUUUUGUUUAUUCGUUUCCGUUGUGUUGUUGUAUUUAUUAUCCUCUGUUGGAAAUUGGUUUCACGACGAUCGGCAGAAUUUGUGUAUCCACUAAUUGCAAGGGUACUGGAAGGGCCGACGACACGGAGGGAGAGAGGGUCACGCAAAACCGAGAGAAGAAGAAGAAGAGCAAUGUCCAUCCCUCGACGGUCGAAUCUUAGGUCCUGUUCGCCGAAACGGGUAUUAAAUAGUCGUUCAGUUUUACGAAAAAAGAGCAUACUUCCCCUUCUCAAGAAUCCUCGUUACCCGCAGUUUUGUAAAUGCGUAACUCUUAAGAUAAUAAAAUAGUACUUUUUGUUUUUUGAAUCACGAUCAAAACGAAGGAGAGAAAAAAAAGAGAGGAAAAAAUAAGGGUGUAAGAUAACAAUUGAAACGAUGCCCUAUUUUCGAGAAAUUUUGCCCCCUCCCACUGCCACGUUCGACCGUGGUUUGUUUUGUCUUGAAAGGCACCUUUCUAAUUAAACCGAUACCGUGUCGAUCGAUAUCGGUGGAUCUUGAACCGUUAAUCCGACGUUUAGAACGCUUGGGAAAAGGAAAAAGAAUGAGGAGAGCGGAGAGAGACAGAAAGACAGAAGAAAGUAACUUUUGGUUCGACUUGGUUCGAUAGGUAAAUCCUUUAAAAAUUCUGAGACGCGAUAUAUAACUCUUCCUACGAAGAAGAACGGCCAGGUGACAACGCUUCUUAAAAUUAGGCGGCUAUCGAUUGGUAUUUUCGAUAGGGAAACAUACUAAUUGAUGAUAGAAAAGGAAUUUAACGCGAACGUCCAGUUAGAAAUGAGAGAAAAAAAAGAGAGAAAGAGUGAGAGCGCGCUCGACAGACAUUUAAUAUUUAGAUAACGUUCGAUUGAAAACCUCGGAAUUGUACAUUAGAAGUAGGCAUAUGUUAUUCGAAGAAAAUAAAAGUACAUCCUUGUAACC